AUGGGUGGGGAUCUCCUUGCUAAGAAACAAUAUAUACAAAAAGCUAUAAGAAAGUGGAGAUUAAAAAAACUGAAAAGGAAUUUUACAGUCAAUCAUACAACUUAUAUGGACAUUGAAGAGAAUGUUGUGUUACCUGACAUUAGUGCUCGAACUUUAGAUGCAUUUAGUCAAGAACGUAGGCAAAAAUCGAUUGAAAGAUGGAAGGCGAAGAAAGAUAGAUCUCAUAUCAAACUUCUGUCACAGUUCUUAGUGAUGUCAAUGUGGUUAGACAACAUUGUACAAUUGAACCUAUUCAUGCAGUACAAAGAACUGGCAGAGUCCAGUAAUGCAGCCAAUCUUAGAAAAAGGGUUAAUGAAACAUUAAAUGAUAUGCGGGGAGAGAGACCUAAUUGUAAGAAAAGUAAAAAAACACGUAUAAAAGAUGCGCAUGCGGUUUUACGGAAUGUCCCAAACUGUCCGCACUGUCUUGCAAAGAAAUUUGAAUAUGAAACAUAUAACUUAUGUUGUUUGGAUGGAGAUGUGUGUUUGGCUACUAAUGAUGCUCCUCUUAUAUUUCAAAAGCUGUACACAUCUUCGUCAUUAGAAGCAAACUUAUUCAGGACUUGCAUUCGAACAAUCAAUAAUCAUUUUGCUUUCACUUCCAUGGGUGUGCACUAUGAUAAAGCUCUCAGUAAACGUAAUAAUGGAAUUUAUACAUUCAGAGUGCAAGGUAAGAUAUACCAUUUCAUAGAUGAUUUCUUUGAAUCUAAAAAUCUUCACUUGUAUUUUCGUGACACCGAUACUGAAGUUGCAAACAGGCUGGAAGCAUGCCCUCAAUUGACAGAAUCGUUAAUUGAAAAAAUCCUUACAGUUCUUCAAUAUAAUCCAUAU